AUGGUCCCCGGGGCCCCCAACACCACCACCAUGCUGCCCGCGUCCGAAGCCGCCAAGAUCUACCAGACCAACUACGUGCGCAACUCCCGCGCCAUCGGCGUCCUGUGGGCCAUCUUCACCAUCCUGUUCGCCAUCGUCAACGUGGUGUGCUUCAUCCAGCCCUACUGGAUCGGGGACGGCGUGGACACCCCUCAGGCGGGCUACUUCGGUCUGUUCCACUACUGCAUCGGGAACGGGCUGUCCCGGGACUUGACCUGUCAGGGCAGCUUCACCGAGUUCAGCAGCAUCCCGUCCGGCGCGUUCAAGGCUGCCUCCUUCUUCAUCGGCAUGUCCAUGGUGCUGGUCCUCACCUGCAUCGGCUGCUUCGCGCUCUUCUUCUUCUGCAGCACCGGGACCGUGUACAAGAUCUGCGGCUGGAUGCAGCUGGCGGCAGGUACGUGUCUGAUCCUGGGCUGCAUGAUCUACCCAGACGGCUGGGACAGCGACGAGGUGAAGAGGAUGUGUGGCGAAAAGACGGACAAGUACACGCUGGGCGCCUGCUCGGUGCGCUGGGCCUACAUCCUGGCCAUCAUGGGCAUCAUGGACGCUCUCAUCCUCUCCUUCCUGGCCUUCGUACUCGGAAACCGCCAGGACAGCCUCAUGUCCGAGGAGCUGCUGGGAGAUAAGAGCGGUAAUAAUGCCAUAUAAUUUCUGGCAGUGGUAAAGCAGUCACACACACAGGUCUUACUGCCUAGUCGUGAUGUUACAUCAGGAUCCAGCUUCCCUCUCCUGGUCCAACCUGUGGCUAGGAUGCAGAGCUGAUGUUGUGGGGAAUCAACAGGUCAGACAAGAAGAAGAGGAGGUCUGGAAGAGGCCACACGACCUUAUGUUAAAGACCAGGACGCCUCUUGCCCUCUCUGAAAACUCCCUCUGUAAAAUAGUCUUCAUAUUCAUCCCAAACUGCUAAUUUUUGCAGGAUGAAUUCUCCAAAAGACUGUCAGAGUUCGCCUGUGUUGAUACGUCACUGCAUCAUCUUACCCAAGCUGUUCAAACUGAAAUGUUCUGCGAGAGGAAGUGAGAAAGGAGGCCAGUGUCAUCCGAAAACAACAUAAGACAAACGUGUGGUAAAUCAGCUCCAGGACACUGAUCGGACGAACAUCACAGAGUGGCAGCCGCUCAAAUCGAAUUAAAUCAAAAUACAUUAACCACACUUUUACCGACACAAAUAGGGACUUAACAGGCUUGAGGUCAAAGCUGUCAGAUAUUCUUUCUUAUCAAGUCAACAAACUCCCUCCAAAGGAGUUUGGCUCCGACACUGUUUGACCUUUGAUUUAAAGAGGAGUGGUGUCAGCAAGGAUGUGAGGACUCCAGAAGAUUAUAGGCUGGAUAACAGAACAUAAAGAACAGCACUGUUUUGUUAUAAUUAAAUGUUUGAUGUGAUAGAACCAAAUGGUAGUAAUUAGAAGUUUUGCUGGGGAGGACUGUGCAAAAACAGAGUAAAAUAAAAGUGCAUUCAAUAGGAGAAAAUUGUAUCAAGUCUCUGUAUAGCUACAUGUUGAUUACGUCCCUGUACUUUGUCUUGACUUUGAAAUGUACACUUGAAAUGUCAAGCUAUUGGUCCAUUAUUAGUAUGUGCCAUAGAGUAUCUUGUAACCUGACAGUAUUGUGAAGAACUAAAAGGACGUAAGGAAAGCUGUACUGGACAUGAACUGUGGAUAUGUUUGACUCUUGUAUUGGUGUACCUUUUUGUUUACUGUCAUUUUUCACCAUCUCACAGCCAAAAAAAUAGUAAUAACAAAACACACAAGAAAUGGAAACAGACUUACAUUAAAACCGUUGAUGCUUGACGAAGCAGACGAGAUAAUGUUACGCAUUUUGGGAAAUAUACUUAUUAGCUUUCUGGUGGUUAGCAAGAAGUCGGUUAGCUUAGCUUAAGCUAGCACGAACAUUUGAAACACGGGGAAACAGCUAGCCUAGCCUAGCCCCUAACAUUUUAAUAACUUUAAAAGAUCGACAUAUUUUAUUUCGUCGAAACUGUUCAACAAUUUAAAAGAAAAAAAGACAACUAACUGCGUAAAAACUACAUUUAGCCGUUAAACCAAACGCACUACUUCCGGCAGGUCAAACAAACGGUCGUAACCUUCAAUAAAACGUCGUUUUCACAAGUCGGGGUUUCUACGGUAAAAGAAACGAUAUUUCACCUGUUUAUAUGAGGUAUCUCGAGGUCCUGAUAGGUGAGUUUUGUUACCUUUGCUUUGAGCCAGAAGCGAGCCUCGGUGUUUCCGGACUUUGAGCUAAUCUAAGCUAACAGGUGCUGCGCUCAUUUUGGUGACACGUCAGAUUGUGUGACCUGAGCGUAUUACCGCCCCUCAGUAUUUACGAACCGAUCGCGAACAUUUUGAUAGAUUUUCUGACUUUGGAACACCAACAUUUUUUAAUGAAACGUCAUUUCUAUGUAAUGCUAUCAAAAUUUCAACUAAUUGCCAGCAAUUUACAGUGUUAUUUGUAUGACUCAGGUACCAUUAAAAUACACACCACGUGAGACGAGACUGAGCAACACUGAGUUUGUGUAAUGAGUUAAAAUAAUAAUUAUACGUUUCCUCAUUAAACACUGGAUAUAUUUGAUUCACCGAAGUCUAUUUUUUUAAUUUUUAUUAGCAGCUCUACAAUAGUUAUAAAUAAAGUUAUAUAGAAGGCAUAAUCCGAUAAACUACCCCUCUUUUGUGUUGUAUUUCCUGAUACACACACCAAUAGUGUUCCCAACUCAAUUUAGUUUCCUAAUACUCGAAUCUGUAGGUUCUAGUAUCAACCAAAAUACUCAGGUUUAAGUUUUCUUCCACAGAACCUACAUUUAGGCAAUUAAAUAUUUUCUUCGUACCUGAUUCAGGCAGUGAAUUUGCACUGUAAAUUGCUGUAUUAUGAAAUUUUACCUAAUUUGUGUCAUAAUAAACUUAACAAGCUGUUGCCUCCCAUCAGAAAGCUAAUAAGAAGAGUUCUUGAAAUGUCAAACUGUUUCAAACUACACCUUUUUGCACAUGGUAGGAUAGUCCCGGCUGUCACUCAGCAACUUGUAAAUGUGCCUCCUUUAAUAUGAUCUCUGUUAAUUUAGUGUCACUGUGUCAGAACAAAGGAAUCCAAAGUGUUUUUUCGCACCAAGCAACGACACACUCAGAAAGUAACACAAGCCAAGGACUCACUCUUUCUACCCAAAGGUGUGGGUAGUAUUUUUGCCCCUAGUUCAUAACUGAAAACAACAGAAAUGUUACCUGUACGAUCUCUCCAGCUGAGCCAUUAUUCAUUUGGAAUCACAGAUAUGUGUAAAUUUGACACUGCAGUAGAUUAUGUGAUAAUAAAAAUGGCAAACACCAGAUUUUUUUUAAAACCA